GAACAAGCAGAAGUGAAGUAACUGACAAACUACCUCCAAUCUAGCCGGCAUAUCCAGUGGGAGAUUCUUGUACAGUUCCUCCAUAGCUUUUGACGACCCGCAAACACCCGCCGCCCAUCAAGCUCAUUCUGCGUCAAACAUGUCUGCAAACCGAUCCAUAUGGGAUGAAUCAGAGCUAUCACUAUUGAGACAAAUACGAUCCGAGAUGCCGAGUGCGCAGCUCGCACAAAUUGCUGAAGAGUUUGGCAAAAGGAAUCAUCAAAGCCGUACAAUUAAUGGCAUAAAAGCCAAAUUAAAAGACCUUGGUCUAAACGCAACGCGUGGUCGCGACAGAGACACAACGUCGGCGCCAUCGGAAGAGCGUCCCUCGAUUCCUUCUCCUCAGUUUGACGAAAUGAGAUACGCCUGGAGCAUGCCGGAGCUGGGCAUCUUCAUUCCCCUUCAUCCCUUAAUCGCAGAGGCACGACGACAUGCCAGCGGCGUCUUUGAGACCUCCAAAUGGUCAUCGAUAGUAGGAGGGGCAGAUAUUUCCGGUGUGCAAUGUGCGGAAGAGGAUAGAGUGGCGUUGAGGAAUUAUUUGGAUUACUUAAGAGGUGAAACUCGAGGCCAAUAAGCACAGACUCAGAGGGGGCUCAGCGAGCUGGCGAGGAUACGGGAAGCUCUAAUUUCAAUAAGUUUGAUGAUGUACCGC